AUGGUACAAAGCUCAAAAUCCCAUGAAAUUUCAUCAUCGUCUUCACAGUCAGAAGCAGGGAGUACUUCAUUAGGACAAUCCCAGAAAAGAAGAGCGGGAAGGAAGAAAUUUAAAGAGACGAGACACCCAAUAUUCAAAGGUGUUAGAACAAGGAAAGGGAAAUGGGUUAGUGAAGUGAGAGAACCAAACAAGAAGUCUCGUAUAUGGUUAGGGACAUUUUCGUGUCCAGGUAUGGCUGCUAAAGCUUAUGAUGUAGCUGCUUUAGCACUUAGAGGAGAUGCUGCUUCUUUAAAUUUUCCUGAAUCUGCUCGUACAUUGCCACGUCCUAAGUCAUUGUCUGUUAAGGAUAUUCAGAUUGCUGCUAUGGAAGCUGCUGAGACGUUUAUUGAUGAUAAAACUUCGCCUGAUUCGGUGUCGUCAGCGGUACCGGCAUUUCCGGAAAAUAUGGUGUUUGAAGAUGAAGAUGAAGUGUUUAAUAUGCCGGGGAUACUUGAAAGUAUGGCGGAAGGAUUGAUGAUAACUCCACCAUCUAUGCAGAAAGGGUAUUAUCCUGAUGAUGAUGAUGAUGAUGAUGAUGAUGAUGGGAAUGAUUAUGUGGAAGUCAAUCUCUGGGGUGACUAA